AUGGCUGACCGCAAUCACCCUUCCGCCAAGCCCGCCGCUAGAACGGUGCUGAACCUCGGCAACCUCCCUCCCAAAAAGCAGGGCUUCGGUGCUGCAGCCCAGUAUGCUCGUACACCCUCGCGUGUCGACCCCAACAACCCUCCCUGGCCUGCGUACCGUGGAUACCACGAGUUCUCCUUCGCUCACGAAACCAUGGGCAAGCGUCUCCCCACCAUCCUGGGCAAGGCUGUCGACGACGUCAUCAAGACGCUCAAUGAGCUCUCCGAGGAGGAAAAGAUUCUCGAUCUUCUCAAGUGCAUCGAGCGCAUGCACGUGCUCAUGGACGAUCUUCAAAAUAACGCCAAGCUGCGUCCCAUCAUCGACGACGGCGAGGGAGACAUCCCGCUCUGGAACAAGGAGAUCGCCCGAUUCUUCCGCGGCAAGGACUUUAUGAACGCACCUUGGCUCUUUGCCGAGGCGUACAAGUACCGUCGUCUGCACGAGUGCUUCAGCAUCUCCAAGUACUGGAAGGACUACGAUGUCUUCUUCCGUCAGAAGUGCGACACCUUCUCUCGCUCCGGUACCGCCGUGUUUGAGCUCUCGACGCGUUUCGCCGAACCGUUCGCCUACGAGGAGGGCGCCAACGAGGAGCAGAAGCUCAAGGCGCGCGAACUGCUCUUCCACGAGCUCACCCAGGUGUGUCUCUGGGGUAACGCUACCGACCUCUCGCUACUCAUCAACAUGACCGAAGAGGAUAUCAAGAACCUCCAGUCGACCGGUGGUGAGCACCUCGCCGCCACGGAAAAGAACAUCCUCGGAAACCACCUCGACCGUCUCUGGAAGCUCGUCGCCAACAUGAAGGGCGGCCGGAUCGACUUUGUCCUCGACAACGCCGGAUUCGAGCUGUACUGCGACUGCGUCUACGCCGACUGGCUCAUCCAGUCCGGCAUCGCCAACUCGAUCCACUUCCACGGCAAGCGUUUCGCGUGGUUCGUCUCGGACGUCACGCGCAAGGACUGGGACUGGCUGCUCAACUCGAUGCUCUACGGCUCGCUCUUCCCGCAGGCCUCGGACGCCGAGGUGCAGUCGCUCAAGCAGAUGGGUCUGCGUUGGAAGGAGUACGAACGCAAGGGCCAAUGGAUCUACGAGCAGCACCCCUUCUGGUGCACCGGCUACACCUUCUGGUCCAUCUCGCAGGAGGCGCCCGAUCUGUUCCUCCACCUCGCCGAUUCGGACCUCGUCAUGUUCAAGGGCGACCUCAACCACAGGAAGCUGACGUACGACUGCCAGGCUCCCAGCGAUACGCCGUUCGACAUGGCCAUCGGCCCGCUGGCCAGCGAGGACGGCGCACCGCCCGUGGCGUCGCUGAGGACCAUCAAGUCGGACGUGGUCGUGGGCGUGCCGGACGACGUGUCGAACAGGCUGGACAAGGAGGAGCCCGGUUGGAGGAUCAGCGGAAAGUACGCCGUGGUGCUGUUGAGCGACGGGUUGCCCGGUAAGCCCGUUUCGUUCUCCCAGCAGUGA